UCUGAGGUCACCAGUAAGAGCGUGUAUUUCACGCGACAUCAGAUUCGACUGGCCUCAAGUAGAAACUAAAGAACGAACGUACGGCCACUUUCCUUUUCUCACAAUUCUUCACCGCAAAACUCACACCCAAAAAAAGGAAUCAGAAGAAGAAAGAACAUUAGACAGAGAGAGCAUAUAUAUUACUACCACAAGUGUUACCAGCAGACAGAACAGGAUCAUAGUCAGAUCUGGUGUUUUAAUGGCGGACAAUGAAGAACAGGAGAGGACGACCUCGUACAAGCUGUUUUUGAAAGUAAUAAGCAAGAGAAGAACAUGGGUCUGUCUCUUUCUUGUUGUCUACGCGAUCCUCCUGUCUUCUUCUUGGAACUCGCUGAACUCGAUUGUAGAUUGGUACGGAGAGAACCAUCAGACGUCGUCUGGAUGGCCGGCGGUUUACGCUUCGGUGCUUCUUGGGGUUGUGUUCGGAGUUCUAUCGAUGUCGGCGGCGCUGUUCAUAGCUGUGCCGGCGAUCGUGGUGAUAUGGAUAUCAGUGGUGGUAUCGAUGGCGUUCGCUGGAAAAUCGAGGAGGAGAGUCGUGGUGGAAGGGAGGAAAGUGACGAAAGAGAUCGCUGGGUUUGUGUUUAGGGUUCUGCUCAAAGAAGGAAACGUUGUGGCUCUUCUUUGCGCUCUUCUUGCUUACUUCGUCUUCUUUAAUUCUUACUCUAUCUCUUCUUGAUUCAGUUUAGCCACUUUGUCACUAAAAAUAACAUUUUCAGCUAGUUAUCAUCAGAAUCUUUCCUCAGUAAUUUUCUUUGGUUUAACAAGAUUUUUGUGUUCUUAAAUCUGAAGAUCGAUCUUCUUUGUUGGAUAGUUCUGACGUCAGAUCGAAUGCUUCCACGUCAUGAUACCAAGUUACCAACACGUGAAGUAAUGAAUGACUUUUCUUUUACUAU